CACCGUACAUUGAAUGUCUUUGAUUGUUGCAUAUUUCAUAGUUCAUACAGUCCGAAGAAUUGCUUUUUGAUCAGUUUUUAGUAUUCAUGAUCGAAACGAUAGCGAUGAAGUCAUAAAAAAUUACAACUCAAUCAUAUCACCUGACUACUGAUGUAUUAUGUAUCAAGGUCUAACAAAACACUACAUAAAGGUACAACGAGGUUUUAUUUCACACAUUUCAAUAUCCACUCUCGAUGGUACAGAAUGAAGUUUUUAGACAUAACAUUUUUGAUUACGUUUUGUAGCGUAGUUAUCAGUCAGCAAAUAGAAUUCUACGCGUCUCAGUCACUAUUAACAAAAAGUAAAAUAAAGCAUGUUAUGGAUCAAAGGUCUGCUGGGAAAGACAAACCUAUCCAAGGAACGGUUGGAAAAUUUAAAAUUUAUUCCGAUUGGAAGCCUUUUCAAAAUGAUAAUAAGACUAUGAAUAAAGGUCCAGUAAAGAGGGCAGUAGAUCCAGUGUUUCAUGGAAAUCCUAAAACAAAAGAAGAGUUAUGGCAUGAAAACUUUUUAGGAGAAAUGAAUCUGAAUGAUCACAGACCUUCGCUUAUAUCCUUACUUCAUAAUAUUACACUCACAUAUUUAAAAGAUUGCACUCCCGUUAUACUUUAUGAUAAAAAAGUUAAAACAGAAGAGAUUCAUUUAUUCGAAAAUUUCUUGAAGAAUUUUCCUAUAUCCUUUACACAUGGCUAUAUUGAAGAUAAUAUAAAAUUAAAACAUCCAAAACUUUUAACAAUUCGCCAAUAUUGUCUGCAUUAUAUAGUAUUUCUAUCCGAUGUGAAAAGAAUAGCGAAUGUAUUGGGCAAGCAAUCUGAAAGUAAGGUAAUAGUGGUAGCAAGAUCAUCACAAUGGACUGUACAUGAGUUUCUCGCCAGUCCUCUCUCUAGGAUGUUUAUCAAUUUACUCGUAAUUGGACAAAGCUUAAGAGAAGGAGACAAUAAAUCGUUCCAGGAAGCGCCGUAUAUUUUAUACACACACGAAUUGUAUACUGAUGGCUUAGGUGCCAGUAAACCCGUUGUGCUAAACUCUUGGUCUAAUAAUAAAUUUUCUAGGCAAGUGAAUUUAUUUCCAUCUAAAGUGACUAAAGGAUACGCCGGUCACCGAUUCACUGUAGCAGCUUCAGUUAAACCACCUUUCAUAUUUAAAAGGAUCAUAAUCGAUCCCAAGGACGGUAAUAUUAAAACAACUUGGGAUGGAAUUGAGAUGAAACUUCUGAAUUUGUUAGCAAAAAGAAAUAACUUUUCGAUCGAGAUUGUUGAACCUCGUGAUUUAAGCUUGGGACCAGGUGCGGCUGUUGUUAAAGAAGUUAUGAUGGAUAGAGCGGACAUUGCAGCUGCAGGCUUGUAUGUAACGAGCGAAAGGUUGUUUAAUUUGGAUUUAAGUUUUCCACAUUCGCAAGAUUGUGCAGUUUUCAUAACACUCAUGUCUACUGCUUUACCAAGAUAUCGAGCAAUUCUAGGACCAUUCCAUUGGCAUGUAUGGUUAGCUCUGACGUUUACCUACUUGAUCGCCAUUUUCCCUCUUGCUUUUUCUGAUAAACAUACUUUACGGCAUUUGAUUAACAAUUCAGGUGAAGUAGAGAAUAUGUUUUGGUACGUUUUUGGAACUUUUACGAAUUGUUUCACUUUUGUGGGUAAAAAUUCGUGGAGUAAGACGACGAAGAUAACUACAAGACUACUUAUCGGUUGGUACUGGCUGUUCACAAUAAUAAUAACGAGUUGUUAUACUGGAUGUAUAAUAGCGUUUGUCACUUUGCCAAUUUUCCCAGAUACUGUUGAUACCAUAAAACAAUUGCUUGCUGGAUUUUAUAGAGUAGGCACUUUAGAUAGGGGCGGAUGGGAAACAUGGUUUCUAAAUUCUUCUGACCCUAACACAAACAGACUUUUUAAGAAAAUAGAAUACGUACCAGAUGUGCAGUCCGGCAUCAGAAAUGUUACAAGGGCGUUCUUCUGGCCGUAUGCAUUUUUAGGAUCACAAGCUGAGCUCGAAUAUAUUGUUCUGGCAAAUUUUACUGAUAUGAGUUCAAAACGUGCCAAGCUUCACAUAUCAAGUGAAUGCUUUGCGCCGUUUCAAGUAGCUUUAGGCUUUCCUCGGAACUCCGUAUACUAUGACAAGCUCAGCAGCGAUGUUCAUAGAUUAUUGCAGAGCGGAAUCAUAAAUAAAAUAGUCGAUGAAGUCCGCUGGGAAAUACAACGGAGUUCCUCUGGCAGAUUAUCGGUUGGUAAAGUGUCUCAAAAAGUAAAUUCAGUUCAAGAGAAAGGACUGACACUAGAAGAUACACAAGGAAUGUUUCUUCUUCUUGGCGCUGGCUUCUUAAUAGCUGGUGGGGCUCUUUUAAGUGAAUGGAUGGGAGGUUGUUCAAGGAAGUGUACAAUGAAACGAACAAAACCUACUUCAGUUAGUUCAGAAAAUUUAAUACCCAAUAAUGCUUAUUUUGGUAUCCGAGAAAAAGGUUUAAAUACUAGUGAAUCCACAGAUUCAUUGAACGGUCAAGUUAUCAAUGUUUCAGAAGAAAGUAUUACUAUACAUAAUGAGUUUAAUUUAUUUGAAUUUAGUUCGAAAUCAAGUUCUGCUGAUAUAGAUAAAGAAGUACAGGACAUAUUUGAAAUGGAUUAUCGGAAAGAUCAAGAAUCAUUUGAGAUUGAAAAUUCUGUCACGUACUUGCACACUGUUGUCUUUGCUAUGCACUACGUCGCCAAGUCGCACUACCUCGGACUACGUCGCCACUUCGCACUACCUCAGACUACGUCGCCACGACGCACUACUUCGGACUACGUCACUCGGCUGCUCACAGACAGUUCCCUCACUUGA